GCCCACAGGACCUUGAACAUGUUCUCAACUUGAGGAGAGCUCUAAGGCUUCAAAAAGCUACAUUAAAUAUAAAACUAGUGCAGCCCUGAGUUUGGACACCCCUGGUCCAGAUAGUCCUUGCAUUCCUCUCCAGCCCGCAGAGUAAGACAGGCCAGCAGGGGGCGGGGCUUCAGUAUGGGGGAACGUCAACGAGUCCAGUUAAGCGCCCAUUUCCUUUUUAGGCCGCUCCGGUCCGUUGCAGGGUGACAUUCCGGGUCAGCGAGAAGGGGAAAUUAAUUCCAGGCUAACGUCAGGCUGACAGCAGCCCCAGGGGGUCCGAGGUGGGCGGCAGGCCAAACGCUGGAGUCACCACGCAAAGGCUAACAGUCAGAAGACAUCAGAGCAGGCGGACAGUCGAGUGGAAGUCACACUUUUCCCUUCUUCUCAACACACACACAAACUAUUGUUGUUGUUUACACAAACAAUGCAGCAACGAUACCACGGCGCCUUGUUAGCGUGUGGAAAGUACAAUUUAGGGAGCUGUACACUUUCCUGAAAUGGAUGAGAUGAUGAAGAUACAGACAAGAAGUUAGGUCACCUUCUUCUUCUUCACUUCUUUGCCACUUCAAACAUAGCCACAGCUUGACCCUGGAACGGAUCAUACCAGUGCUUGCUUCUUGGUGGGAGCUCCACAGCGCCACCAGGGGGCCGGGUCGAGGGAACUAAUGAGGGCCAUGAAGAUGAAAAGAAAGACUGGGCUGACGGACUUUAGCUAAGAUGAUGUGUAGUCCUGACAGGCUUUCUUUUCAAUAAACUUCUUCACGUUCUUUAGGUGGGACAACAGGACAUGAGGAGCAGGAGGGAGUGUGGGCCAAGCGGGGGUGGGGGUUUGUGUGUGUGUGUGUGUGUGUGUGUGUGUGUGUGUGUGUGUUGUAAAAGUCUUGGAGUUUGUCAGCACACUUCCUGUCUGCUGGCCGACUCUCACGCUGCACAGCUUUCAUACUCCUCACAUGUGAACACGUGCACUGAAGACACAGCAACACCCGUUCAGCAAAGAAGUUUUCCCAUCCACAUUCAACAUGGCCGCCGUUUGCGCCCUCUUCUUGCUGGCGGCGGCGCUCGCUGUGGGCGGUGAGACGCUGGUGGUGGUCAAUGUGGGCAUGGAGGUGGCGAGAGGGAGAUCUGCCUUCCUCACCAAAGAACAGCUGACCAUCAGUGCGGAGGCUGACGCCCACUGCAAGGUGGAGGUGGUCCUCAACGAGCCCGUCAUGCAGCGAGUGGGCCGCCUCACGCCGCAGGUGUUUGACUGCGACUUCCUGCCCCACCAAAUCAAGUACCAACACCACGGGAGUCCUCUACUGGACCAGGACUCUGUCCUACUCCGGGUCUACAGGUUCUCAUCUUCAGAGACAUUGGUGGAGACGGUGGUUCUUCCAGUGCGAGUGGUGGAUUCUGGUUCCAGUCUUGCGGACUUGGGUAGUACUGGAUUGGUGGUUCCUGACUUCUACGCGCUGUCCAACCCCAUUGACCGCUCAGUGCUCAACAUAAAACCCAGAGACGACGCAGUGUGCACAGUCCGACUGGUUACAUCAGGCGCCGGCGUGCUGGCAAUGGGUCAUCUAGUGAGGGAGGACGACGCCUCUCAGAGGAAAGGUCGGGACGUGGCGGCGCUCUGCCCGGGAAACAAAGCCUGCAAGGGUGGCACCAAGGAGGUCCGCUCCCUGAAAACCAGCUGCCAGGACUUCCUGACCUCAGGCCUUAAGUAUCAACACCUCAGUCCGCCAUCCCCUGACGUAGACUAUGUCGCCAUCAGUGUGGAGCUGAGGGAGCAGGCUACCAGGGCACUGCUGGAGACGGAGACGCUGUGGCUACCGAUUGUGAUCCGUGGAGCCAUGCCCAACCAGCUGCCUCAGGCCUCCUUCAUGGCCUCCUUCAUCCUGGAGGUGGACCAGUUCAUCCUCACCCCGUUCACUACGGACGCCCUGGAUGCCGAAGACCACGAGACGCCUAAAGACCAGCUGGUGUUCAAUGUGACCGUCCCGCCGCCGGAAGGCUACAUCACUCACCUGGACGACCACACCAAACCCAUCGGGUCCUUUACAUGGUUGGACCUGCAGGACAUGAAGGUGGCCUACCAGCCGCCAAACAGCAGCCGAGUGCAACGCAACAACAUGGAGGUGGAGUUCCGGGCCUUGGAUGGUUACUACGCAUCCAGCCCAGCCAUGGUGGUCCACGUCUCCAUCAGGGUGGCGGAGACAAAGGCACCCCGAGUGUCGUGGAACACGGGUCUUGACCUACUGGAGGGUCAGGCCCGACCAAUCACGUGGGAGCAGCUGCAGAUCGUGGACCACGACAACAUCCAUGCGGUCUUCCUGGUGGCCGUGGACGGACCUCUUCAUGGACGUCUCAGCGUGAGAGGUGGGAAGGCUUUCAUGUUCCGAGUGCAGGACCUGAGGGAGGGCGUGGUGGUCUACCACCACUCAGACAGUGACACCACCCGUGACCACAUCGUGUUUCGCAUCAGCGACGGACGCCACAGCAUCCGCCACAAGUUCCCCAUCAACAUACUCCACAAAGAUGACUCUCCACCCUUCCUGGUCAACAACGUGGCCUUGGAAGUCCAGGAAGGUGGCGCUGUGCGACUGCAGGAGACCACACUGUUGGCCUCGGACCUGGACUCCAGUGAUGACUACAUCCUCUACCAGAUAACCGCCCCUCCUCGGGCGGGGCAGCUGGUCAGAAAGACCUCCCCUCAGGAGCCAGGACUUCCUGUGGACAGAUUCCUUCAGCGAAAUGUGCUCCUGGGUCAGAUCUACUACCAGCACUCAGGAGAAGAACACUUUGAAGACUCCUUCGACUUCAUACUGUCAGACAUCCAGGAGCCACCAAACCUCUCGCAUGCCUACACGACGGUUGUGAACGUUUUCCCUGUGGAGGACCAGUUGCCCGUGGAAGUUUCAGGAAGCAGCCGUCGACUGACAGUGAAAGAGACGGAGGUAGUUUACAUCACGCGGUCCCACCUGCACUUCAGCCACACGGAACACCCCGACACGGACCUGACUUACGUCAUCACUCGGCCCUGCUUUAGCCCGCUGCAUCCUGGCUUGAUGGACGCCGGGCGUCUCUUUUACACGGACAGCGGCACCCCAAUGAGGCGCGACCCUACUGCGCCAGUAUUGAUGUCUUUCACACAGCAUGCAGUGGACCACAUGAAGGUGGCGUUCAUGCCGCCAGUGGAGGACAUCGGUCCACAGUCUCUGUUGGUCCAGUUCACCUUCUCCGUCAGUGACCAUCAUGGCGGCACCGUCUCCGGCCUGCAUUUCAACAUCACCAUCAUCCCCGUGGACGACCAGGCGCCAGAGGCCUUCACCAACCUGCUGCGGGUGGAGGAAGGGGGCGGGGCCUUCUUGACAGAGGAGCACCUCCUGAUCCGGGACCGGGACAGCCUGGAGGAGGGGUUAAGGGUGGAGCUUGGAGGUGAAGCUCGCCACGGUCACCUGGAGCUGCGGGGUGGAACACUGCGUCAGGGCGAGUGGUUCACACUGAGCGACCUGCGACGUCUCACUGUCAGGUACAUUCACGAUGACUCCGAGACCACCGAGGAUGACAUCGCUCUGCGGGUGACGGACGGUGUCAACUCGGCUGAAGUUGUAAUGCUCAUCCAGGUGCUGCCCGUGAACGACGAGCCCCCCCAAUUGGGCGGAGGUCUGCGAGGCGAGCUCAGCUGCCAAGAAGGGGGGCGUGUCCAAGUGACGGCGGACUACCUGUCAGCCACGGACCGGGACAGCGAGGACGCCAGGCUGACCUACAUGCUGGCGCGGCGUCCUGCCCGGGGGGAGCUGCAGCGGGCGGGCCAGCCGGCAGACAAGUUCUCCCAGCAGGACCUGCUGCAGGGUCAGGUCUACUACCUGCACACAGGCGGAGAGAUCGGACCACGGGCUGAGUCCGACACCCUCACGCUCAUCAUCUCUGACGGCCAUGCUGGCGGGAUGGAGGGCUGUUGCCGUGGCGAUGCCCCGCCCGUCCCGCUCCACGGCUCACUUCCUGUGUACGACCUCAACAUCACUUUACUUCCUGUUAACAACAAAGUACCUGCCGUCAUUCUAGCGGACUCCAUGUUGGUGGUGGACGAGGGCUCCUUCGCUUGUCUGAAUAAGGGCGUCCUGGGGGCCACGGACCCGGACAGCCCCCCCGAACAGCUGACUUUUCACCUGGACACCAAGCCUCUUCACGGCUUCCUGGAGAACACGCUGCCAACUCCUGGCUCUGAGAAGAGCAAUGCUGGGAUCCCUGUAGCAUCCUUCAGCCUGGACCACCUGACCUCCGGCUUCAUCAACUAUGUCCAAUCGGAGCACAAAGGGGCGGAGCCAACCGUAGACCAGUUGUUGAUCAGCGUGAGUGACGGCCUGCAUCACUCCGCCUCCGUCCCCUUGUACAUCAUCAUCAAUCCCACCAACGACGAAGCACCUUCUCUGAAGCUCGCCAAUUUCACUGUGAAGGAGGGCGGCGUCAGGGAGCUUACCCCCUUCGUCCUGGACGCCUUCGACCUGGACGCCCCGCCCGAUGUCCUCACCUUUACCGUGGUGACACCGCCGGCUCACGGCAGUCUAAUGAACGGCGUCUAUGGCGUCGAGACGGCACGCUACAAAGAGGCGACCACUUCCCUCGUAGUCGCCUCCUUCACACUGCGCCAACUCAGAGAGGGCAUGAAGUUGGUGUACAUGCACGACGACACAGAAACCCUGAAGGACGUGCUGACGCUCCGCCUGACAGAUGGUGUCCACGCGGUCCAGGGGACCACUUGGGUCACGGUGCUGCCGCUCAAUGACCACCAACCUCUGAUGCUCAAGAACGCUGGUCUGGAGGUGGAGUCCGGCGGCCGCAGAGUGAUCUCCAGCAUGGUUCUGGAGGCCCAGGAUGCGGACUCGCCGCCUGACCGCGUCUUCUAUUUCCUCAACGCCGCCGCCCGCUUUGGAGAACUGCAGCUGAAGGCCCAGUCGGGUUGGACUCAGCUGGCGGUGGGUCAGAACUUCACUCAGGACGACGUGGACAAGAACCGACUGUGGUACGCGCACGUUGCCGCCGCCAACGCCUCCGGGUUCAAAGGUCACGACAGCUUCCGCUUCAGCCUGAGCGACUUGGACAAGACGGGGCCGCCACAGAGCUUCUUCAUCUCCGUGCACACGGUGAAGAAAGGGGACAUCUCGCUGGCGAGCAGGGCGGUGUCGCUGGCGGAGGGGCAGCGCGUGGUCCUCAACACAGACUUCCUGUCGGCUUCCGACGGCGCCGGGCGUCCGGACGAGCUGGUCUACACGGUCACGGUGGCGCCGCGUCACGGCCUGCUGCACGGCGUGCGGAGGCCUGGCGUGCCGCUGCCCACCUUCACGCAGAUGGACGUGGCGGCUCACAGAGUGUGCUACACCCACGACAACGGCCACGCCCACCGCAGCGACAGCUUCAGUUUCGUCAUCACCAACGGCCACUCGUCCCGCACUGGAAGUCUGCAUUUACACAUCCAGCUCGGCGACCGAAUCCCGCCAACGCUGGAGCGCAAUGCGGGUUUGGGCCUGCAGAAUGGCGUCACAGAAACCAUCACGGCGGACCACCUGCAGCUCAGCGACCCCGACACAGCCGCCUCAAACCUGAGCUUUGUGGUCACUGAGCCACCCCGCUACGGCCGCCUCAUGCUCAGGGGAGUCCCGCUGACACCCCCGCUUAGGUUCACCCAGGCGGAUGUGGACCAGCGCCACCUGACUUACUGGCACAGCCGGAGCAGCCGGGCAGAGUUGGACAGGUUCUACUUCUUGCCCACGGAUGGCAACAAUCCAGGUUACCUGGAGUUUGGACAGUUGACAGAGGAGCCUGCUGCAUUCAUCAUUCAGGUGGAGCAGGUGGACAGGUCGCCUCCGAGUCUGACCACCAGGGGGAGUCCCAGCGAGGUGGCAGAGCUGAGCGACGGGCGAUUUGUCAUCUUCAUCACCUCCAGACAUCUGCAGGCGGCUGACUCCGACAGUCCGGUGGACGAGCUUCAGUUUUCAGUCAUCAGGCCUCCACAUUUCGGCUACCUGGAGAACAUUCUCACAGGCGCUUACAUUAAAGGUCGCUUUACGCAGCGAGAUGUGGAGCGUCGCUCAGUGGUUUUUGUCCUUCCCCCUGACAUGGAGGUGACAGCCGACAGCUUCCAGUUCCGCCUCAGUGACCCGGCCGGCAACUCAGCCCUGCCCGAAACACUGGAACUGUCCUGGUCCCGAGUCCAACUAUCAGCCACCUGCUACCGGACCUGUGAGACUGCAGGAACGCUACAGGUCCAGAUCGAACGCAGUGGAAAGAGCAGCGAGCCAGCUUAUGUGGCCAUACAGGUGGAGGACGGGACUGCCAAACUAGGCCAGGAUUUCACACACAGUAGAGCCGGUCUCAUCCAGCUUGAUCCAGGAGUCAACAUGAAAACUUGGAACAUUUACUUGAAAGAUGACGGACUGGAGGAGAACCACGAGACCUUCAUGGUCACUCUGAAGAAUCCAAAGAAUUCGGUUCUAGGACAAAGAAACUCAGCCAGUGUGGAGAUCAUUGAUCCGAGAGGAGGAAAGUGUGAUCCUGGCGACCUGAGUAAGGAAGAAGACAAGGCCGAGCUCCACCCCACCAUUCAUGCUCCUCCCACACCUACGGAAGAUGAGCCCGUCACAGAGAUCGAGGUAGAACUUCUGUGGGAGAACCAGCCUCACCCUCCCCGUGGUGAUGUUCCAAACCGCCAUCACUAUCCAGAGGACCAGGCAGUCCCCGGCAACAGACACUCUCUUGGCCGGCAGCCAACAGUCACUGGUAAUUCUGGGAAUACUGGACUUAAGGUGCUCCUGUCAGCAGGACCUGGACCUGAGCAGAAAGUCUGGACAUUCCACAGUCUGACUCCUCUGCGGCUGGAGGAGGUGGCACCAGGGGGCGCUGUACAGAGCAGCUCGCACCACACCCACUUCCUGCAGCAGGGGCACCUUGAAAACAUCCCUCAGUUGGAUCAUGCAGGAAGCAGGCAGAAGACAGAGCUGCACCAGCGCAAAACGGGACGGUCGCUUAGAAGCUGGUGUGAAGAUGGUUGGACUCACCACAAGGGGCGCUGUUACCUCGCCAGCUUAUCUGUCAGCAGCUGGGCUAGUGCCGAGCACACAUGUUCUCUUCUGUUUAACAGCAGCCUGGCGAGUGUUCGGUCCAGACGGGAUAUGCCAUGGCUGUGGAAGUUUGUCGGGAAGAAGCCAUUUUGGAUCAGUCUACCUGGAGGUGUGAGUGUUGGAAAGUGGACAUCUCCAACCAAGAUGUCGCCACCAACACCAAACGAGCCUGAUAUUGUAUCAGAGUGUGUGCUGGUUCAACAAGUCUCACGUUGGACUUCGACAAACUGCAGUGCCGAAACUCAACACGCAUUUAUCUGCUCCUCGCCAGCAAAUACGCACUAAAUAUUGUGUUUUUUAGAUCAAAUCACGUUUCUUCUUUCAUUCAUCAAACUUUGAAGGAGGUGUACUAAAAGUCACAUGUAGACUAAACAAAUGCAAUAAACAACUACUUCAUCCUCUCUUA